AUGGGCUGCAUUAUUUACCACAAAUAUGACACCAACCGUGCUGACGAGUACGGAGAAUUCGAAUACAACCCCAAAGAUAGCCAAUUCGAGGAUUUUUUUUUUAACCCAGAUACCCCGGGCGUCGUCUCAACUCCCAUAGACCAGACUCCUUCGACGGAUUAUGAUUCAUAUUACGGAUAUGAAGGCUACUGUGGGGGUGUCGAAUUUAACGAUCAUUAUGGCACUCCGGGACCCUAUAGGAGUCCGGGUUUCGACAUUCCCGGCUUUUAUGGGAGUUCCGAGUUCUAUGGUAGUCCAGGAAUGUACGGAGGCUACGAAGGCAUGUACGACUUCUACCACAGUCCGGGUAUGUGCUACGUGUACGAUAUUUCUGUUAUGUAUGACAUGUACGGCGACUACAACAGUCCAGCGAUAUGCCAGAUCCAAUCGUCAAGCAAUCAUCCCCCAGCCACUCCUCGCAAUGGACGCCUGACCUCGAGACCCACAAGUCCUUCCAACGACGCGCGCAGCAACCUCGUCUCCUUUCCUUUCCGCCUACCCAUCAUCACUGCCAUCCGCAUAUGCAUCUACAACAUAUCUCACACCGCUGCCACCGCCCAGGUUUCAGUCCGCGCUAUCGUAGCCAACUCCACCCACCCAUAUCCUUUGCGCAGCCUCUUCCGCAUGCCGCGCACUUUCAUAUGCACUCUGCCACGCAUCAAAAUCGUCGUCGAAUGCGAAGAAGCCGAGACCGAAGACGACAGCAAGGCACAAUUCGAGCCAUUGAAAGAAGAGGAAGAAACACCCCUCGUGUUCGCCGGCUACGAGGAGCCCGAGCACGACCAGGAUCCUGCCGAAGAGGUGUUCGGCAGUGCUAGUGCUGGGAGUUGCACGCAGUGA